CACGUAUAAAGCUUGUCUCAGUUGUCUCCCGUAAAUUCACCUCGACUUGACCACAUUAUUUCAUCCAGGUGAACGGCCUGGUGUCUGUCGUGGUGAUGUGAAGUGUCAAAUAAUAAGGCAAAUAGAAAUGACCAUCAGGUGUGUUUUGUGACCUAGAGAUUUAAGCACUAUUCUAAGAUGAAGCAUGAGAAUGUGUGUUACAUUUAAACUUCUGAGAAUCAUGGGAUUAUGUGUUAAUUCUAAACUUUAGAGAAUCAUGGGAUUAUGUGUUACAUCUAAACUGUAGAGAAUCAUGGGAUUAUGUGUUACAUCUAAACUGUAGAGAAUCAUGGGAUUAUGUGUUACAUCUAAACUGUAGAGAUAGUUUAACUUUUCGGAACUAUUUCACGGCCCAGAUGAUAAAGAGCACCGUCACAUGAUCAAAGCAGUGCACGGUACAAGAUCUAUUUCAAACUGGACAAAAAGGUUACAAAAUACCUUACGAUGUAGGACCGGGGCCAUAAUGAACACAAUCGUUCGUCAAUGGACUCUAUUAGGCCACAGUUACAAUUGGACUCUUCAGAUCCUACCAAUAAGAGAUACGUCAGUUAGAAGGUCCAAAGUUACGGUGUGAUACCCCUGACAGAUUGCGGCUAUUUUCAGACCGAAAAAUAUAGACAGACUAAUCCAUAAACAUGGGAGUAUUUGAGUCAGAGGUAAUGUAUGGACAAAAGAUGUUGAUGUGUGAUAGUUACUGAGGUAAUGUAAGAGCAGAUAUUGAUAUGUGAUAGUUACAGAGGUAAUGUAUGGACAAAAGAUGUUGAUAUGUGAUAGUUACAGAGGUAAUGUAAGAACAGAUGUUGAUAUGUGAUAGUUGCAGAGGUAACUAUAAACUUGUCAAUAGACUGUUACAAGAUUGCUGUACAUGUACGAGACUGGUACAAGCAUAGUGUACACCUACUCUUUAAUUAAAGCAAUAAAAAUUUAAAAAAAUUAAUUAAUUAUUUUUUUCCAGAAGACAAAAUCCUAGCAAUUGGAAAUUUAUAAGAGAAUUUGUUAGUCGUGCCAUUUCAUACAAUUGACUUUUCAGUGUCAUUUAUUCUAGACAACAUAUAGAGUUUGGAUAGAUUUGGGGUAGACGAUUGAAACAAUUAAGCAUCCUUGUGCACAUAUAUUAUCUCGCAUGAAUUUGCUCAGCUCCCAUUCUAACACCAUGUCAUAUGUAAACCCUCAACAAACACAAUUUGUUACAAAAUUAUACAUCUACAAAGGAAAUCAAGACUUUCCAGGUGAGAUAUAUGGGGACAAUUUUAACGUAAACUGUCUGAGCUUCCUGUCUAAAAUAGAAAAGUAGAUGUCAGAGCUGUCUCGACUUAAAAUAUUACAUCGUUUGUAGAACUGCACACAGGACACAGGACACAGCACACGGCACACAGCACACAGCGCACAGGACACAGCACACGGCACACAGGACAAAGCUCUAACUUGCUUAGCAAACCAUUUUGUCUUCAGUCAGAAUGGUAAAAUUUUGUAUAAUUAAAAAAAAAUCCAUACACUUUUGUUAUAGGACUUCCAUCGUCUUCUGCGUCAUUUAUUUCAUUAAAAUUUAUUUUAUUAUUAUUUAUUAAAAACCAGACCUAUUUUUAGGCAGUUUUUCAACAUACAAUACUGACGUAUGCAAGCUUCAAAUGUGUAUAAGAUACACAGGAUCUUAUUAGCACUGAACAAAUGCCUCAUCUCAAACUAUCUUAUCAAAUAGCAUAAUUCAAGUCGUAUGUAUAGAACUAACGCUCACAAAGUCAAACUUGUUGGUAAUCGAUAGAUUUAGACAGAACGCUGAAUUUUAAGAAAUUUUUCGUCGCACUUGAUAAAUGCUUAAAUGAGUUUCUUCUUAGUUAGUAGAGAAUAGUGAGUGUGUUGAGCUGAAAUCUAAAAUAUUCACUUCAUUUAAAAAAGCUGUCAAUUGUAUGGGUCAUUUCAUAAUUCCCUUUAAGCCAUGCUAUACAUUGACAAAAAAGUAGAUUUCCAUGGGAAGUCAUUAAUGUUACAUUUGUUGAAAGCGAGGUUUCCUUUAACUUAAGGGCCCUUUUUAACGUGCUCCCUUUUUGACUUAUUGAAUUUCUCCAUCAUUAUGGGCGGGUUAUUGCUAGUGUACUUUAGAAACUACGAGUGGCAAAGCAUGAGGAACAUGUGGUCGCACAAAAUGUGUUGCAUGGCUCUACAGACCAGUCCUAUUUCAAUGCUUCGGUGGUCAGAACAAAAUAUAUAUGUAUUUCAUUCAGCUUAUCAGUAGGUUCAUGACAUUUCUUUGAUCAUUUAGUUUAUUAUUGAACUGAUGACGUAUUUUGAGCCACGCUAACCCUUUACAUUGUGUGAUCAACACGUUGGAACGCCUGCUGGACAUGUCUCCUCUCUUUCUCUCAAGGCAGCCCCAGUCCUGCUGGCAAGUACGUGCACCAACACAGCCCUGAAAUGGGCCAUCAUCAGUGGACUAGCUGGUUUACUCGGAGUAACUGGGGUGCUGGUGGGGCUCCACCUUACCGGUAACCUGAUACCUGAAGCGGUAAGUGAUUGGCAUUAGAUGGGUCCCCGCUACAUCUUGGGUUGUAAAGAUGAGCAGCCAGUUACUCUGUGGUAGGAAUCAUUUAACGAGCUGAUCUAUUCAGUUGUAAUUCUGUUCGUUCAAAAACAACUGAUCCUAAAAUGUAUUCCGUCUUUGAUUAAAAUCCCACUAAUUAUUGAAGAUAUAUUUUAAUUAAAGAAGGACACAUGUGUCAUCCAUGAUAGCCUACAUGUGUCAUCCAUGAUAGCCUACAUGUGUCACCCAUGAUAGCCUACAUGUGUCACCCAUGAUAGCUGACAUGUGUCAUCCAUGAUAGGCUACAUUUUUCAUCCAUAAUAGCCUACAUAUUUUAUCCAUGAUAGCCUACAUGUGUCAUCCAUGAUAGCUUAUACCCAAACUGAAUUUUUGGCUACACGGGCUGACAUAAAAGCAGAUUGUCCUGUUGACAUAAACAGUUCUCCAGGACAUAUUGUCCUGUUGACAUAAACAGUUCCCCAAGACAUAUUGUCCUGUUGACAUAAACAGUUCCCCAAGACAUAUUGUCCUGUUGACAUAAACAGUUUCCCAAGACAUAUUGUCCUGUUGACAUAAACAGUUCCCCAAGACAUAUUGUCCUGUUGACAUAAACAGUUCCCCAAGACAUAUUGUCCAGUUUACAUAAACAGUUCCCCAAGACAAAUUGUCCUGUUGACAUAAACAGUUCCCCAAGACAUAUUGUCCUGUUGACAUAAACAAUGCCCCAAGACAUAUUGUCCUGUUGACGUAAACAGUUCCCCAAGACAUAUUGUCCUGUUGACAUAAACAACGCCCCAUGACAGAUUGUCCUGUUGACAUAAACAGUUCCCCAAGACAUAUUGUCUUGUUGACAUAAACAGUUCCCCAAGACAUAUUCUCCUGUUGACAUAAACAGUUCCCCAAGACAUAUUGUCCUGUUGAUAUAAACAGUUCCCCAAGACAUAUUGUCCUGUUGACAUAAACAACGCCCCAUGACAGAUUGUCCUGUUGACAUAAACAGUUCCCCAAGACAUAUUGUCCUGUUGACAUAAACAAUGCCCCAUGACAGAUUGUUCCAAUGUAAAUAUUGGUAUCCCUCAGGCAUAGUGACCCUGCAAAAUCAAUGGUCUCCCUUGAAAGACUGUCCCUUAUCUUUGUGAAAUUAGUAAAAUUAUAAAUGUUACCAAAUAUAUGAUGUCAUCAGGUAGUAGAGAGGACGAAAAUGGCGGCCACAAGAAGUAUCAUUUUAAAGGGAAAUUGUUCAUGGGAAAUUUCGAACACAUGGUCGAAAGAAUCUGUACUGGACGCCUCCUGAAUUCGUUAACUCUGAAGGCUACGUUCACCCUUCCAUUUAAUUUACAUCUCUUGCCUCUGAGAUCUCAGUCAACUUUUUGGACAUUUCAGUCAUUCUUCAAAAAGACAGCCUACUCACCUCUGCCUACUUUAAACCCACUGACAGCCACAGCUAUUUACUCUAGUCUUCCUCUAACAUUUAAAUCUCGUAAAGACUCUAUUUCUUGUUCUCAAUUACUUCGUCUUCGUCGACUUUGUCGGUCGGAAGAUGACGUUUGGGUCAAAGCGCUUGAGAUGAUACUAAUGCAGAUUUAGUUCUAAUCCGGAUACAGUGCUUUCAUCAGCCCUUCAAAGGGUUAAGAAUGUUACCCGUGCUGCUGCCAUCAGGCCACGACCGAGCGACAACGAUGACAGGACCAAACUUAUUAUCACUUAUGACCCUUACAAUCUAAAAGCUAAACUUAAAAACCGUCCUAUACUACUCGCGGAUACCGAAACACGGGGCAUUUUCUCAUCCCCGCCUCUCAUUGUUUUCAGACGUGAUAUAUAUAUAUGUGAGACCACCUUGUGUGCAGUCUCAUCAACGGUGCCCCAUCCCACUUUGGGACCAAGCCUUGUGUACGCACUUGCCCUUUUGUCGUCAAGUCUCAACACAUACGUUUCCCUAAGAACAGUUUUCAGCUACUGACGGUUUCCUUUGCACUAUCUGCAACGUUGUCUACGCCAUUGUUUGCACCCGCUGCCAGAUGUCGUACAUUGGGGAGACAGGACGCUGACCCUCUGACAGGUGCACUAAACACCUGCGUAAUAGUACGCAAGAUAAACGGUGUCCCGUCUCCAAACACUUCAAUAGAAGCGACCACCAGAGCAAGGUAGACUUGUCAAUAUGUGUGAUCGUGGCUAGCACAAAUACACCCAGGUGGGUGAAUUUUGGAACACAAGCUUAUCCUGACCUGUGGCACAUUGACACCACAAGGCAUGAACGUCAUGUCUCUAUUCACAGCUUGAGCCUAGCUCACCCCUCCACGUCACUACUAAUCGCAGUGGACUUACUUUUCCUCUUUUCUUUCCCUCUUCCCUAUUUAAUCUCCUACCCACAUACUUUCUGUCGCAUUUCAAUGGCUGCCCUCCGGACAAUGCUUCUCAGCACAGUGCAAUUUUUUAAUGUUUUCCUUUUUUUCCGUUUGUUGGAUGACGAAGGCUUCCUACCGACACGUUUGUUGUUUUGUUGCGUUCCUUUCCUUAAGGUUUAAUCUUACUUUCUUUUACUAAUUUUUUAUUGUGCUAACCUGAUUGCAGUCUCUCACCUUAUUACCCUCAAUAAAGUUGGUAGCCUAGUCAACCGAAUGAAGAGUUGCAAGAAAUGUCACUCAUGUUUUGUAUCAAUAAAUUAAAAUUAUUAAGUAGCUUUUUAUUGUUACAAAUCUAUCACAUCUUCAUGUCAGAGCUUGUGGUCUGUAGAUAAGGAGAGACAAUAGUGUGGCGACGGUUGUUUGGAAUCAGAUACCUAACACAAAUGAAUAGAGAGAGAAUAGCAAUCUAAAAACAUUAGGUUUAAAACGUUUAAAAUCCACGGCAAUUUUUUUUAAACUGGUAUAAAAAUAGCAUAGCUGGUGGUAAGGCAAUGGCGUCAUGUCUUACCUGGUGACAAGCAGAAAGUCACGGUUGACCUGAUUUAGCUUUGUUCAAGAUAUCCUAACGUCACAAAAGACACGCUAAAUUCAGCCCACGACUAAUUUAUUUCUAUAUUUGCUAACAUUAAGUUAACAAAUUAAAAAAAAAAAAUCUUCUUUUGCUAUUAUUGCAUAAUUUGUGUGUGUGAAAGUGUGUGUGUGUGUGUGUGUGAAAGUGUGUGUGUGUGUGCGUACGUGAUUCGUGCAUGUGUGUCUGUGUUUCUGUAUAUGUUCGCGUAUGUGUGUUUAACUUACUGUAUUACAUAACUUUAUGAAGUUAGUAUGUAUUUCAUUAAAUGAUUGCCUUUGUACCAUAUAUACCCCUACUCUAUUCAGAGUCAGCUUCUAACACUCUACGUCUAAAUAAAUACGUCACUGUUUUAUAAUAUUAAUAAAUACAAAUAAUUUAUUUGUCCACUUUUGUUCUGUUGUUCCUAACCCUGUAUUUAUAAAUCCUAUGACAGACAAUGAAACAAAGGAUAACACGCACCUACUUUCACUGCACCACAUACUCUGCUGUACCAUAACACGCACCUUCUUUCACUGCACCACAUACUCUGCUGUACCAUAACACGCACCUUCUUUCACUGCACCACAUACUCUGCUGUACCAUAACACGCACCUUCUUUCACUGCACCACAUAAUCUGCUGUACCAUAACACGCACCUACUUUCACUGCACCACAUACUCUGCUGUACCAAAACACGCACCUUCUUUCACUGCACCACAUACUCUGCUGUACCAUAACACGCACCUACUUUCACUGCACCACAUACUCUGCUGUACUAUAACACGCACCUACUUUCACUGCACCACAUACUCUGCUGUACCAUAACACGCACCUACUUUCACUGCACCACAUACUCUGCUGUACCAUAACACGCACCUACUUUCACUGCACCACAUACUCUGCUGUACCAUAACACGCACUUUCUUUCACUGCACCACAUACUCUGCUGUACCAUAACACGCACCUACUUUCGCUGCACCACAUACUCUGCUGUACCAUAACACGCACCUUCUUUCACUGCACCACAUACUCUGCUGUACCAUAACACGCACCUUCUUUCACUGCACCACAUACUCUGCUGUACCAUAACACGCACCUUCUUUCACUGCACCACAUACUCUGCUGUACCAUAACACGCACCUUCUUUCACUGCACCACAUACUCUGCUGUACCAUAACACGCCUUUCACUGCACCACAUACUCUGCUGUACCAUAACACGCACCUUCUUUCACUGCACCACAUACUCUGCUGUACCAUAACACGCACCUUCUUUCACUGCACCACAUACUCUGCUGUACCAUAACACGCACCUUCUUUCACUGCACCACAUACUCUGCUGUACCAUACACAAAUAGCAUUUUUUUUUAAUGUACAUGUCUGAGGCAUAAUUAUUUAAAAGAGAAAAAGAGAGACCUAAAGUUUUUUUUAGCAAAUAAAUAUUUUUAAAUAAUUUAAAUUCAUUGUUAAAAAUAUAAUGUUUUAGACAUCUGCAUCAUCAGCCAGUGUUAUAGUGGGCAAAGUCGUAUCACUUAACCUACUGUUAGAAGACUGUGUCAUAUAAAUCAAUGAAAUAAAGUCAACUAUUAUGUAUAAGAAAUAUAUACGGAAAAAAUAAACUAUUUUUAGAUGCCAAAUUCAUUAUGUGAAACUGUUAUUUCUUUCACAAUUACUUCUUUUUUCUCUGCGGUAGUUAAAACCAAAUGUGAUUACCCUUUUUGGGGUCAUGGGGUUACAUUUUGAGAAUAAAUAUUUGGAAGACUGGGUGACUUUAUUUCGCACCACGCUGACGUGACUCGAAGGACGUCAUGUCAUGACGGAGAUGACAGACGCAGCAACAUGUCAGAUGACAUCGCUGCACAUCACGCGACCCUCGAGUCCGUGCUGUCAUAAUUAUGUUGCGUCGACUAGGCUAUUUUUAGAACAAAGCUCUUUGAUUAAUGGAUGAUCCAUAUAUGCGCACCGUUUCGAAACGACAAACUAGAGUUUUAAAACGUGGCGUUGGUAGCCUCGGACCGCGUGCACAUGGGCAUCUUUGUGACGUGGAUUUCUAUUUUUUAAAAAUAACAAUGGGUUACCUGAAACUUCAUCGACAAACCAUUUCAUUGACAGACAUUUGUUCGACAGACAUUUGUUCGACAGACAUUUCCACUACAGACCGUUCAACGACGAAAAGAAAUAUCGACAUGGAUACUGCCAUAUACAUCACUGCCAUAUGCAUCACUGCCAUAUACAUGACUGCCAAAUACAUCACUGACUACCAGAUGAAUCAUUGACUGCCAGAUAUAUCAUGCGCCCACGUUCUGGAACCAGCUCCCCUUCCACAUCCGUCAUUGUGAAACCUCGUCCCCUUUCAAAAAGUCCCUUAAAACCCAUCAGUUUAGGUCCGCCUAUGACCUGUGAUGCACCCUCCUUGCCCUGCCUCAUUUUCUGUCUCGGGUUGAUCCUGUAGUAUGGGCCAAAACGUGCCAAAGUGUAAGCGUUUUUAUAGCCAUUUUAAUGUUUAAGCUACUGUUUCUAUAAUCAUUUUUCACAUUGUAGUUACUAUUCUAGUGUCUCUGGUUUUUCAUUUGUAUUUUACUUUAGCAGUUUAAAUAGUUUACAUAUUUUUAAUAAUUGUAAAGCGCUUAGAGCUAUAAGAUAAGCGCUAUACAAAAAUGCCUAAAUAAAUAAAUAUAGCAUUAAAUUCCAGAUACACCAGUGACUGUCAGAUUUAUCGCCCCCCCCCCUCCCCUUAGGUGGGGUAGCUAUGGUUAAAGAUUCUCUAAGUGGGCUGAGGGCAAAGCCUUGAAGUUGAAAAUUCCCACCCCAUACUUUUCCAUAUACAGAGAAAAGUUUCGCCUUGGCUGAACACUGCCCCCGCCCCUCUUCUUCGUCACAGAUGCUCCACCCCUUACCUGAUCCAAGCACACAUGAACCUGAAUAAAGAGGUCAAUGUAUCGAAGAGACCUUAAAAAAGUUUGGCAUCGCAAUUUUAAAAAAAAAUUCAUUCUGGCAAUCCUUUUGGAAAAAUGCCCGUAACUACAAAGCGGCGGUAUGUACAAAAAUAGUUCUCCAUUUUCACAUAUGGCUGUCAUCUCAGUUUUGUUGUUGUUUUUUAGUUCUACAAUCGCUCUUUUCAUUGACUCUCAUCAUUUCUUGCACAGAAAGACAAUAGUGUCAAAGUGUCAUCUUCUUUCAACAACAAAUUCCCCGUCAAGACUUACAACUCAGGAGCCAACUCCAUAGGUACAGCUGUCAACUCCAUAGGUACAGCUGUCAACUCCAUAGGUACAGCUGUCAUAGCGUCGGUAAGUUCUAUACUUUUAUUUAGUCGCAACAACGUAAACACAAGAACCAUGUUCUCUAAGUUCUGGUUAGGUCAUUGUUAUCUUCUUCUUCUAUAUCCUAAGGGCCCACGUUCCAACAAGGGAUAGCUUUCAAACAAGGCUCUCUAUUUCACAAUAUUAGGUUUCUGUAUCCUGCCCUAGUUAACAUUGCGAUUGAAUUCGGUUGAAAGAAAACUUUCCAAUUAUUGUUGUAGAAACAUGAUUUUAGCAUUUAAUAAAAACAUUAUAAAUUAAAAUAAUUAUUUAAAAAUGUAUGAAUAACUCUGUCAUUGCUGAAUGUAGAAAACAUUCGGUUGUGGGCCCUGAUACGCAAGGCAGAUGUUCACGCAACUUUCCUCAGGGUUAAAAUGUUGCGGUUUCGAAUUCUUUCGGGUGGUCAGCUACUGGCUCAAACAAGACGGCACAGCGUCAAAAGCUAUUUUGUUAUUUCUUCCACAGUCUAGUUGUCAGAGUGUCGACAAUGAUUGCUAAUUGUUUUCUCUGUUCACAUAAAAAAGCUUCCUUUCUGUUGCCCGAACGUUCAAUGUGGGAGCAUGCAAAUAUCAUUUUACGUAUCACAUGACCGCAACAACAUCAUUUAAUUGAACCAAUUAAUAUUAGGGUUAUUUUAUCCUAUUAAGUUUAGACUAAACGGCUCCUAAAAAUGACGUCCCAAUAUACAUCUUAUAUCGACCAGUUUUCACACUAGCUAUAAAAUAAUUUUGUUACAUACAUUCUGAUGAGGCAAAUGCAAUGUAAAUGAUCUAUUCUUUUCAAUUCAGAGUGACUCUGUCCAAGACGCAAUCUCAAAUGUUGCUGAUGGGGUCAAAAAUGUCUUUGGAGAUUUUAAAGACGCAAUUAGUGACAGAGAUGACGACGUUGAUGAUGUUUUCAGGGAAUCAACCGAUGACCUUGACGACGCAAUGGAUGGUGGACUAGGGGACAUUGUCGAUGCUGUAGCAGACGAUGUGACAGAUGUGAAUGAUGACGCAGGAGAAGAACUGGGAGAGUCAGCUGAUCUGGACUUAUCCGUACUUGGUGACGUGGCUGACGUCAUGGGGGAAGGGUUGGGAAAGGCUGGAGAAGUUGUUAAGACAGGAAUCAACAGCAUUGCGGAGGUGGCCGGAGAGACAGUCGUGGUGACAGCUGAAGGGUUGGGUGAUCUAGGAGAUGGGAUCAGGGACUUAGGGGGAGGGUUUGGGGAUCUGGUGGAUGGGUUCUCUGAUGUGGGGGACUCUGACAGCGGCGUGGGCUGGUUGCUGCUGUCGUCGGUGCUAGGGAGUGAUUUCAACAAGAGGAGACCAUUGGUGACUAGUCCCGGGGCUAACCCCUAUUCGGCAAUGUCCAUCUCCAAGCCACCGGCCUUUUUGCCUGAGAACAUGCAGCAACAAGUUCAGGAUAAUCUAGGCAUGUUGCUGUUGGCCUUGACAGGAGACGGCCUUGACUUUUGGGAUGGGUUUGACCUCGAUGCAGGAUUCGAGAUUGAAUUUAAAUAAAAUUUGAAUACAAUACAUAAUGAACAUUGUAAAUAUGUUCUUUGGAUUUUUUUUGUUGAAAUAAUGAAUUUAAUUUUUUGAUUCAUAGCAAUUUAAAUGAUAAGAAAAGAACAGUAACAACAAAAUACACAUUCUUCAAUAACUAUCACACGAUAUAAAAGGUGAAUGUGGUUGUCUUUCACAAGGUUGCAAUCUAACUCUGAUAUACAAAUAGUUGUAAAAAUAUACAACAUUACUGCAAAACUCAUUAACAUUAAAUGAAAUUGAUUUCCUCAUCACCACCAGUAACAGAAACAUUGCAAAUCCCAUCUACAUGCAUAGGAGCCAAAAU